AACAACAAAAAACUACGAGCUUUAUAUUAGCGUGAAACAUUGAACAAAUCACACAUUGGAAAAAGCUGCGCUCCGUGGGUACUGUAUUUCGUCUACUGCCGCAUAAGAUCAGCAACGCUUCAUCAGACGAAGGUAAACUGGCUGGCAGGUUGACUGGUUCACCGAUAAACGGGUAUCAUACGGAAAUCAAAGGGGAUAUAUAAAUGAUAAAUAUAAAUGAGCACAAAGUGAAAGAGUAAAAGUUGAAAGGUAGACGAAGAUAAUGGUGCAGAAGGCAGUGUUAAAUAGUAAAUCAAAGACUAACUAUAGCUGGCAGCGCAAAGAGCGCAACGAAGAGUGACACAACCAACAUACAAUUGUAUGUAUAACAACAACAAAUAGCGGUAAGGAGACGCUAUAAAUUCGAGAAGAGGAGUAUGUAGCUGGUUUGGUGGUCAAACAACAAAAAUCGUCCAACGAAGUAAACAACGAACAGCGGGCCAACUGUCAACUCUUAUCGGACUACAGUGCGCCAAGCUAGCGUUAGAUAAAGAAUACAUACAUAUCUAACGGUUCUGUUUUAUUUGAUUAGAUUUGGAGGCAAAAUAUCGGGAAUCGAAAUUGUGAACUUUCAGCACAGGUGUUAGUGUGUAAAGUAAAUCGGUGGAUUACGGUGUUGUGCUGUGCGCGAACCACGCAGGUAACAAAGCAGCGAACAAAGUGCAAAGGGAGUGUUACGCAAAUUCGAAAAAGCAACGAAAACAACUGCUUAGUAUUGUGAAUAAUUAAAUGAUUUUCCUCGGUUUAAGAAGCGCAAAAGCAUCCUCAAAGAAACGAACUCAACGAACUACUUAUAGAACCCACUAAGUUGGCCACUAAGCUGCAUGAGCAGAGGAAAAGUUUUAAAAAAUCCGUGCAAAUCGUUUUGUAUCAUUAUGGAUCCUUGCAAUCUGUCACUCGACUUGUCCGACACGCAUUUCGUGUAUGACGAUACGGCUGCCAGUGCUGUGAGCAGUCCGUUGACACCCACGUCCAGCGUAACGAAAAUCUCGCCUACGGGUGUCAUCGAGCUCAGCGAACAUUUUUACAUCAAUAAUAAGCAGAAAGCACCCAUCCCCGUCGAGUUGAAACUAAAUGGCGAGGGCAUAUAUUUGCGCCGCGAAACUGGCGAAGUGGACGAAAUCAAUGAGCAGCGCAUACGUAUGGACGAUAUUAUAGGCAGUAGUUGUGGACCGAGUAUGAAGAAGAGUCAUCGCGUCUCUUUGGCCCCCUGCCGUCGCAUAGAUGAAGAAUCCGAAGUUGAGCAGGCGACAAAAAAGGACAUUAGCGCUUAUUUACAUAUAUACGCGUAUAUAAAGAACGAGAAGCACUCGAUGCGACGAGAGCGUACCGUGCGCAUAUUACGUUUUCGUUCCUUCGAUACGUAUGAGGAGAACUUAAAGGUGGCCGAACGUUGGCAUCAUGCAAUACGCAUUAAUAAAGCGGCGCUCAAGCAUGAAUUGGUCGAGAAACAAUUGCUGAUUUUUCUAAAUCCCAAAUCCGGUUCGGGUAAGGGACGUGAAAUGUUCCAUAAACAAAUGGCGCCCGUGCUGAAGGAAGCCGAUGUGCCGUAUGAAUUGCACGUGACCGCACAUUAUAAUUUUGCACGUGAAUAUGUGCGCAAACAUAGCGAUCUCUUGCGUAGUUAUAGUGGCAUUGUGGUCGCAUCGGGUGAUGGACUCUUCUUCGAAGUGCUGAACGGGAUAAUGGAACGUGAGGAUUGGCGCGCAAUUACACGACAAUUGCCGCUUGGUAUUGUACCCUGCGGUUCGGGUAAUGGCUUGGCGCGCAGUAUUGCAUAUCUUUAUAACGAACCAUACGGACCGAAGCCCAUAUUGUAUGCUACAUUGACAUGCAUUGCUGGCAAGUUGGCGCCGAUGGAUCUGGUGCGUAUCGAUAUUGGCAAAGAGGGUAAAGCCUCAGAGAUGUACUCAUUUCUAUCGGUCGGUUGGGGUUUAAUCGUUGACGUUGAUAUCGAGAGUGAACAUUUGCGUUCGAUCGGUGCAUCACGCUUCACUUUUUGGGCUAUACGACGGCUGAUUAGCUUGCGCACUUAUAAGGGCAGAUUGUCCUAUAUACGCUGUGACCGUAAGGAUGGCCGUAAGGCCUUUGGUACUCGCGUUUCCACAGUGUCGAAUGAGGAACGACGUUUGCCACCCGAAGUACAGGAAUUCCAUGAUAUACCAAACACGCCGGCGGGCGCCAAAGAAGAUGAUUUCUACUCAACAAAUACUGGCACCAAUCGAGACGAUGAAUUUGGUGAUGCCAUAUCGUUGGAUCAUAUGAGCUUCCAUUCCAAUGCUGAUAGCUGGCAUUCGGCUGUUUCGAAACGCACAGCUUACUUCUCGCUCACCGACCAAAGCAUACGCUCGCGUCGCAGCGUACUAAGUCGCCUCGAAUCGAUCAAUUUGGAAUACGAAAGUCGUCGCCCACCAUCCACAAUACCGUCACUGGAUCUGCCGGUGCCUACAGAUACUUGGCACACCGAGGAGGGUGAAUACGUUAUGGUGCACGCGGCUUACACCACACAUCUGUCCGCAGAUUGCUUCUUUGCGCCUGAGUCUCGUCUCAACGAUGGCAUCAUCUAUCUAGUUAUAGUACGUAGCGGCGUUGGACGUUCGCAGUUGGCGAAUUUCCUACUUGGCAUGAGUUCAGGCACACACCUGCCAAAGGAGCCGAACAAGUAUAUUGAAGUGGUGCCGGUACGCGCUUUUCGCAUCGAACCGAGUCCCGAAAGAGAGGGCAUUAUGGCGGUGGAUGGCGAACGUGUGGACUAUGGUCCGCUGCAAGGUGAAGUACUGCCAGGCAUGAUCAAAGUCAUGGUGCCGAAUGGAAAUGCCAUCGACUAGCGCACAAAUAGCUCCAGUUGACACCGAAAACACAUCUACAUGCAUAUAUGUGUGUAUUUAGUGAAUAUAUUCAGCAGUUUUUACAUGGCAAGUAUUUGUUGUUCCCAAGGCCACAUCUAGUGCGGUUUGUUUUUAAUCGUAAUAAGUAUUUUAUUGUUAAUUAUUCUAUUAUUAUUAAGUAUGUACGAAUGUUGUAUGUGGAAUCAUACGUGUAAACAUGGAAAUAUCAAAUAAAAUACAUGAAUGUGCUACAA